AUGUCGACGAUCACGAACAAAACGGCACCGUCUCAGCAACCCCAGCAGAGCAAUGCCAAGCCAGGUCUCAGGAAGCCCGUCUUCACCAAGGUCGAGCUCCUCAAGCCGGAGACCAGUGGCCACACCCUCGUCGCCAAGGUCCUCACCUCCAACCCUGUCUUGCAAAAGGGCCGAUCGGUCUCUCAGCACCUCCGCCAGACCCGAAUCUCUGAGUGCCUCAUUGGGGACGAGACUGGGACUAUUCUCUUCACUGCUAGGAAUGAUCAAGUUGACUUGUUGAAGCCUGGUACAACUGUUAUUCUCCGCAAUGCAAGGAUUGACAUGUUCAAAGGAUCUAUGAGGCUAGCAGUUGAUAAAUGGGGCCGUAUUGAGGUCACUGAACCUGCUAAUUUUGUAGUCAAGGAGGAUAACAAUCUGUCUUUAGUUGAAUAUGAGCUGGUGAAUGUUCAGGAGGAUGGAGGGGCUCCGCCUGGUAGUUAG